AUGUCGCCGUCAACUACGCCUGUGAUACCGGAGUUUCAGACGGCCGUGGUAGCCAACGAGUAUGGUGACCUGGUGGUCUCUCACGGCAUCCAAGUCCCAGUCCCGGGACCAGGCAUGCUGCUGGUAAAGACGGUCGCGGUCGCCCUCAAUCCUGCCGAUGUCAAGAUGACGGGCGAGAUGGCGACGGAGGGGGCGACGGCUGGCAGCGACAGCUCGGGAGUCGUCGUGGCCAUCGGCGCCGACGUCCCUGCGGAUAAGUUCAGCAUUGGGGACCGCGUUUGUGCGCCUCACGCGAGCAUGGAUCCUUUGGCACCGCGGCACGGCUCCUUUGCCGAGUACGUGCUCACGGCGGCCGACUUUACCCUCAAGAUCCCCGACGGGAUGCCGCACGAGUCGGCGGCAUCUUUUGGCACUGGGGUGGGCACCAUAGGCCAUGCUCUCUUCUACUCGUUGAGCAUACCCGGCCAUCCAGAGAUGCCGACAAGUAACCCGGAGGUUGUGCUGGUCUAUGGCGGCAGUACGGCAUCAGGCACCAUGGCUAUUCAGCUUAUCCGCAAAUCUGGAUGUAUCCCCAUCACCACAUGCUCACCAAAAAACUUUGGUCUUGUUAAGAGUUAUGGUGCCAAAGAGGCUUUUGACUACCACGACCCUGGCUGCGUUGAUGCGAUAAAGGCCUACACCAAAAACGAGCUGGACUAUGCCUUGGAUUGUCACUGUGACGCCUCGAGCAUGGAGUUCUGCUACCGUGCUAUCGGCCGCGCUGGGGGUCACUAUACAACACUGCAGCCCUACCCAGAACAAUUGCACACUAGGAAAAGGGUGAAGCCAGACUGGAUAUUGGGCUCUGCCCUGUUUGGAAAGAAGAUUAACUGGAAGCCUCCGUAUGAUAUUGCCGCAGAUGCCGUGCUUCACGCCUUUGGUAUAGAGUGGUUCGGCUGUGCUCAGCGUUUGCUCGAUGCAGGGGAGCUCAAAGCCCAUCCCGUCCGCGUUGGCACAUCGACGGGCUUUCACGCCGUCGUGGACGGACUGAAAAUUCUCAAGGAUGGAGAGGUAUCGGGGGAAAAACUCGUGUAUCGUGUGGCAUAA